AUGAGAAAAAUCAACCAAUUGCUCCGAAAGAACAAAAGAGAGUUGGAAAGAUCAAUGAAUCAAUUAACUCCGUUGAAGAAGAAGACCGAGUCAUUAAUCAAGAAGGCAGCAAAGGAUAAGGAUUAUAAAUCUGCUCGAUUAUAUGCGAAAGAGUUGAUCAACAUUAAUAGACAAUAUAAUAAAUUACAUACUUCAAAGACAAGAAUUGAUUCCAUUACUAUGGCUAUAAAUGAACAAUAUCAAAUGACAAAAUUAACACAAUCCAUUCAUUCAAGUACUUCUAUUAUGAAAGAUGUUAACCAGUUAAUUCAUGUGGGAGCUGUCCUGCAGACCAUGCAAGAAUUAUCCAAAGAGUUGAUGAAAGCAGGAAUAAUAAAUGAAAUGAUGGAUGAUAUGGUAGACUUGGACUAUGAAGAAGAUGAAGAAUUAGAAAGUGAAUCACAAGAAGAAGUAAACAAGAUAAUUCAAAGCUUGACAGAAGAUAAAUUCUCAAAGAUUGAAAAUGAAGUUCCAAGUACGGAAUUUGAAGAAACAGUUAUUGAAGAACCAGCUAGUGUUGAAGACGAGGAAGAAGAUGAAAUUGCCUUAGAUGAAAUGAGACAGAGAUUAAGAGCAUUACAGUAA